AUGCUCUCAUUCAAGAAAUACUACGCGGAAAACGCAGCAAAGAUCGACGAUAGAACUUUGUCCAGAAAAGGAAAACUAUCAUCCAUCUUUCUCAUAAAGCAACACAAACCAACAAACAAAGGAAAAAAAGAUCCACCCAACAAACAAAAUGAGAAUAAUGAUGCUGGCAUGAUUAUCCAACCUAUUCACAUCAAACAAGAUGAUUGGAAGCUAUCCAUCUUGACAGAACUGAGCCUGCUACAGCAUGACGAAAACAAAGACAUGAAUACAGAUCAGCAGCAAAUGUGCAUCGUGAAUACGUGCCAGCCUAUGGAAAGGAAGCAGGAUUUGGUUAAACAGAAAUUGGACAUUGCGGCUGCAAGAAGGAACGAGAUCAAGGAAAUCAGACUAAGGGAGCAGAUGGAUACUGCGCUGUUUGAGACGAUGCGGUUACUGAGACAACAAGAAUUUGAAAAGGAGAACAACAAUUAUCUAUCAAGAAGGCCCUCAUUACCUAUCUGUCAGUUGUAA